CCGGAGGGCGUGGCCAGUCCUCAUCCAGACCUAUUGAAAAGCAGUGGCGUCUUUCUUCGAGGACUCAGUGCAGCUUUGAGGAGCGCGCAAGGCAGCAGCCCGGGACUGCCCCCUCUGAAACAAGUGCGCGACAAACGGCCACAACACGUGAACGGCACGAGCGGGACGCACCGCCUGGACCCGUGGUGAUUCUUUAUCAGUUUGUGUGUUUUUCUCCUGGAAUGGACCUCACAGCCAAAAUGGAAAUUAACGUCAGCCAGCAGCAGCUCAUGCCGCCUGCCUGCUUCUUUUCGGGCCGCGCGGCGCAGAGCAUCCAGCUGAGCCCGAGCGGCAGCAGCCAGAGCAGCGGCAAGUCUGCGUCCAAGCAGCCCAAGAGGCAGCGCUCCUCCUCCCCGGAGCUGCUGCGCUAGAGGAGGCUGAAUUUCGCGGGUUUUGGCUACAACCUGCCGCAGCAGCAGCCGCACGCAGUGGCUCGGAGGAACGAACGGGAGCGCAACCGGGUGAAGCUGGUCAACAACGGGUUCGCCACCUUGCGGGAGCACGUCCCCAACGGCGCCGCCAACAAGAAGAUGAGCAAAGUGGAGACGCUGCGCUCUGCCGUGGAGUACAUCCGCGCCCUGCAGCAGCUGCUGGACGAACACGACGCGGUGAGCGCGGCGUUUCAGUCCGGAGUCCUGUCGCCCACCAUGUCGCAGGGAUACUCCGCGGACAUGAACUCCAUGGCGGGUUCUCCCGUGUCCUCCUACUCAUCAGACGAGGGCUCCUACGACCCCCUCAGUCCAGAAGAGCAGGAGUUGCUGGACUUCACCAACUGGUUCUGAGCAUCCAUGAAAAAUGGAUCAACUCAAUUUACUGUCGUCCUGCGCUUGGGAUGGUCCUGGAGGAGGCUGGGUGUCCUCAAGAACAAAACGCACCGUACACGCGUUUUGGUCCUGCGUCCUCACCGCCCGGUCCUCCCAGACUGACAGACAGACACACGGCCUUAAGGUCCUGAAAACUUGGGGAAAAUCAGGCCAGAGAUCAGCGCCAAAGGAUUAAAGGAAGACGGGUCUCCUGACAGCGUGGGAAUCCAAGCUACUGUGCAUUUGCCCAUGAUAAACAAACAAAAACCCUAAAGUGAAUUCAUGCUCUUCGGCAGCACAUUAAAAACAUUAUUUAAUACGCCGCUCUUCAACUAUGCUUAUCCAAUCACACAACACCAACCCUUUGGUAAACCUCUCAGACGUCGAAUUCAGAAAAUGCUUCCAAGUCGCGGAUUUAUUCUAUAAAAUUCUAUAUCAAACGCUUUUUUUGAAAUAUAUUAAGAUAUUUUUGUAUGUAAGAGAUUUAUAGAUGUUUUGUACACAUCCUUUUGUAUAUAUUUUGUCUAUAUAUUGCGAAGUUGCUUCUAUACCUCCUGCCUAUGUAGACGUGUAGUCUAUUAUUCUCUGGCUCUUCUGUUCAUGAGGUUUCCAGACGGAGUUUGAUACUCCGAGGUUUUAUUCUAGCACCAAUGUGUCUUAUUUAAUAGCAGAACCAUGUUAUUACAUUUUGUCAUGUCACAAUGAUCAAAAACUUAUGCAGCUAUUGUCCAAACAAGUGCAAUGGCCACGCAUUGUCUCUUUAUACUGCCAGCUCUAUAUCUUCACAUAAACAGAUGCUGAAAAUGAGAAGUCUUAUAACCAUAUUUUCUACACUGUAGUCCAAGAAUAAAAGAUCAGAUGCUACUGAA